AUGGCACGCGCCACGGGAGAGAAGGGUGGCCGCGGGAUUUUCCGAGGGAGGAGGGGUGCGACACGACCUUACGAAAACGUUGAUGGGUGCGGCAUUUGCUGCGGGGAUUGUUCAGGAGAUGUAGCGGACGCUUCUGCCGCUAGGGGCUAUGCCACUCGGGCACGUGACGCGCUACAGGAGAAGUGCAUUCGAUUGGCGUUUUGCAGGGCGUUCCCACACAACAACCGAGUGCGCGUGCACACCACGUUUCUCACCCUCGCUGGAGUUGAUUUCAUUCUGGUGGAACGCACCAUCACUGGCUGCGACGACGCGGUGUACCGUGCGAACCGCGACGUGUGGGAGCAUGUUCCUCGCGGUCAGGCCAGUGUCCUCAUUGCGGAUCCUGGGGAGGGUGCGCCCCGCCUGGUGGCGACACUUCAGGGCCUGCGGAAGUUCGGUCAGUUCGACGCGCCGUAUGGUGUGGAAUGCGGGACGCCUGUUGUGGCGGUGGCACUUGAAGCAAUUGACGGUGACUGCGGCCACGUGACGGCCUUCGCACACGACGGAGAGCGAUUCUGGCUGCUGA